UUUAACUAACAUAAUGCUGCUUUUAAACUACUAAAUUUAGUACAUCUUCAUUCUAUAUUGUUAUUUCUAUGUAUGAAAUCGAAAUAUUUGCAAAUAAAAUAUAUAUAUUUAACUUUCAUAAUUAAUUUGUUGAAUUGCUUUAGGAGCAGCAUGAAUAGCUGUUCUUAAUAAAAGACGUUUGAUCAUGUUGUGUUUUUUUAUUUUAUUUUAGUAAGUGAUGCUCGGCUCAUUGCCUUGUGAGUAAACAGUAACUAAAAGUUCAAGAUAAUAUUGUAAUGCUGCCAAAAAUGCGUUACUGUCGUUUGUUUCCAUAGUAAUACAACUGAUCUGAGGUAAUUGGGUCUCAUCUUUGAAUCCCUCCUGGUUUAAUGUCACUAAAUGAUGCAGCUCUGCCACCUGCUGACAGUAAGCAGUACCUGCAGCGUGUCAAAGGUAAUUAAAUGUUUCAUUCUCUGUUUAAUUGAAAACUAAAACUACAUGGACGUGAUGGAUUGGUUUGCUGCUUUCAGAGGCAUGCGUGCAAUGAUGGGAACGUGACUCGGUGUGUUCUUAUGAGAAAUCCUAUUCAGACUUCACUAAUUGGUCAUUUUGAUUUUGCAGCACCAUUUAUGUUAAACCAAGAUUUCUAUAUUUGACCCCUGGCAACAUGACUGUUCCUGCUGGUUACUGCAGACUUGGGAAAGAGCGAUAAUAAUCAUCCUAAUGAAUCAAAUCUGCUUCUCAUCCCAGUCCAUUGACCCUGAUUUGGGUCGACGGACGGGGAGUCUUUGAACACCUCUCAGUGUGCCGUUUCAUUGUCAGUCUGGGAAACCUGAGACACCGCUUGUGUUUUUCCUGCCUGUGCCCGACCGUGCAGCGGAUUCAUCUCCCUCUGCUGACACAUUAGAGUCUUGUUACUGCAUCUGUGACCACUCGGUUACUGCUGCCUGAAACCUUAACCUGGAUGAAGCUUAGUCUGAACGCUGGCCUCGCUCUCAGGGCAUUACUUACCUCUGUCUUUGCCAAAAGCUCAUCCGUUUUGUUGCUCUUCUGCUAUCGUUGACAAAGGAUUCCUUUGUAAGACCAUGUGAAACCUUUUUUUAUUAUUACUAUUAUUCUCAUGUGAUCGGUUAUUUUCCCAUGGAUAUUUCUGUAUAUCUUCAGCAUUUUGAUUUGUUUAAAAUGUAAGAUGUCUGCACUUAUCUGGAAAUUAUGACAAAAAUCAACAGGAGCUAUUAAUUACUGAUACAUUUUACAAUUCAUACAACUAAAGGAUUUUCACUAUUAAAUCGAUGCUAAAAACAACAUUGAAGAGCUGUUUUAUACAUUAUUAUUUUUAAAUAGAAUUUUAUUGAAUUAAAAGACAAGUUGACGUUCAAGAUUUUAAAAUAUAAAUCAACUUAAGUUAUAACUUAUAACCAAAUAUGUAUUAUUUAUAAACUUCUGAAUUUAAAAAUAUGCAAAAUAAGAUCAUUUUACUUAUUGGGAGGUAAUCUCACAUAAUUUUUUUUGAAUGGCUUUGGAAAUCCUUGAAUGCCACCUGUUGUAAUAAGUUAUUUUUAAACUUCCAGGAUAUUUUGAAGUGAAAAAAAUGUUCAAGCAGAUGGAAGGUGGAUUCUGAGCGAUUUAUCUGGACUACAAAUCGAACACUCAGUACAAUAUUUACAGUUAAAUGAAAGUAUUAAAUAAAAACAGGUUACAAGAACAAAGCAUGUUAAAGAUUUUAGUAGGAAUAACCUUUCAGUGAUGUCCGUCCGUCCAUCCAUCCAUCCAUCCAUUCAUCCAUCCAUCCAUCCAUCCAUCCAUCCAUCCAUCCAUCCAUCCAUCUAUAAUGCUCAUAGACCAAAAGGUCUCUAUAGUCCCUCCAUCACAUUCUUGGUGUGACCAGGGAUUUUCUUCCAGUAGGAAAUGCUGGGUAAUCCUCCUAAAGGGAACAUCCAGAAGGCGUGCUGACCAUGAGCCACUUCACGAGCUCAAAGGAGGAGAAGCAGCUCUACUCCAACCUCCUCCUAUUUGACGGAGCGUCUUAACCUUUCUCAAACGCUGAGUCCCCACCGAGGAAUCUAACCUCUUCAUGUUCUGAAGCUCAUUUUCAAUCCCGUUUGCGUAUCUCCUAUAGGGCGGCGAUUCCCUAAGUGGCAGUGCGAGGCCCCAUUCUCCACCUAAACAAGACACCAAGACAAUUGAAUCCUUCGGCUCGAGACAGACGGUGACUCCUGACCUCUAGGAAGAAGUCCGCCUUUUACUAAUCACUUCGUGCCACUUGCAAAAAGAAAUCAAUUCUGUCUCGGUAAUAGAGUUACAUCACUUGGUUGGUCUGUAUUUCUGAGCCUUAGGAAGGUUAUGUCGACGCUGUUGCUGCUCUUAGGGGUUUUCAAAUAAUUCAUGUCAGACUAAUUGGUUACUGGAGAAUUGUUGACAUUGAACAAGCAGCGAAACGCAGCUUCUCUUUCCCUCUGAAAGUUGUCCUGAAAUUCCAGACAUGGACGGGAAGCUGCAGGUAUUUCAUUACUUCCCUGCUCUGGUAUCGACCUCACAUUUAUCUGACUUAAAGUUAGUCAGCAUGUAUUGCUCACCUGGAUGGCAACUCACAUAUUAUUGUGCAGUUUAAGUCCUUUAAUCUAAUAGGGCAAAUUGAAAACAUAAUUUAAUAUGGGGCUGCAAUGCAUAUUUGUGACUGGCAUGAUUGAUUUAAAAAACCUCCUUCCCAUGUUUUCUCUGUAAGCCUUUGCAUUUGCCGUGCUGCUGUGCUUUUUGUUUACUAAACUGUUGGAGAUGGAAAUUUUAUGUCUUGCAAAAAUAUGAAUAGACCUUGAAUGUGCUUUAAUGUGAUUUUAUGAGACAGAAAAGAAAAAAGUAUAAUACAUAACAGUGAAGAAGAAGCAAAAUGAUACAUGAAAAAACCAAAAAAGGCGACAAUUAUAUAUUAUUACUCUGACACCCCUAAAUAAAAUCCAGAACAACCAACUUCCUUCAAAUGUAACUUAGUUAAUAAACAGACCCUAAAUUUCAGUGUGUCAGUUUAAUAUAAUUUAAGUAAAAACAUGACUAUCACCCUGAAUAUUAUAACUGGCAGAGUUAAACAUGGUGGUGGCAGUGUCAUGCAGGGGAGAUUGCUUUUCUUCAGCAGGAACGAUGAAGCUUGACAACAGAAAAUGGGCUUAACUCGCUCCCAUUUUGGGGAUAAUGGCAGGCGAUUCGCAUCUAGAAGGGCAUCUGGAAUGCAAUAUUUUUCCUUACUAAAUAAUAAAAACCAAGUAUCAUUUUUCUCCCCCUCUAUUGUAUAAAAUCCCCCAUAUAACCUGGGUGUAACUCGGGUGUUAGGUGUCAAAAUGCACCAAAUCUCAAGGCUCUUUUUCUUUCAUUUCUUUGGAUUUCAACCUUAUAUUUCUCUCAGUGGAGGCAACCAUUUGUUCUGUGAGAACCUUGGAGAAAAGAAGGUGUGGAGAGCAAGUUGCGGACGCUUACAAGCCUACGGUCAAGAUAGGAUUUCCUCCGCUCCAGGUCAUGAAUAAUUCAACAUGGGAGGCCACGACUCGCCUCGAAAGAGAGCAAAAGGAAAGGACGUGUCUUUCUAGCGCCAGAAGGAAAGAGGACGAGGCUGGAGGAGCAUGGAGGAGGUGGUGAGGAAGCGACCAAUAAUCUCCGCCAGGGAAAGAGGACCGGGCCCCGCGCGUUACGCUCUGCCCCCUACAGUCGGAUACGUUAACCAUGACUUCACCAAGCCCAGCAGCCCUGCGUACUCCUUCCACGGCCGCAUGAGCACUGCCAUGAUAUCUGUUGACUCCAGCCCUGGACCGAGGUACUACAUCGGGGACAAGCUCACCCGGUUUGGUCGGACAGAGACACCGUCCUACUCCAUGUCAGGAAGAGGCAGACGAAUUGGGAAGAGAGACGAGCCGUUCCAGACUCCCGGUCCGGGGGCCUACAGCCCAGAGCGGGCGCCGCCUCUGAACGCUCAGCGCAGGCCUCCGUCCUACACGAUCGCCGAGCGGACCAGGUACCGCUCUGUGGAUCCUGUUCCAGCGCCAAACAGCUACACUCUUCCUGGACUGCUGGGUCCCCAAGUCCCCAAUAAACCUGCCAGCGCCAGCUACAGCUUCUCAGGCCGGAGGACAGCCGGCGCUCCGUCCGAGGAUCUCUCCAAAACACCGGGACCGGGGCAGUACAGAAGCACCGACCCGGACGUCUACAGGCAGCGACAGCCUUCCUUCACCAUGCAGCGCCGGACCAAGAGGCUCAGCCAGCCCUCUGCCGCUCCGGGUCCGGGAACGUACAGCCCAGAGAAGACCUACGGGCAUCUCCACAAGUCCCCGUCCUUCAGCAUGGGCAUCAGGCACUCUGAGUUUGUUACCCCGCUGGUGGUGCAUGUGGCCGAUUGACUGACCGGACUCUGAAAAUACUUUGUGUAAUCGUGUUUUUAUUCCGUUUUAAACGUUUCCUGUUCAGUUCAAGCAAUGUAACAACCGUAAAAAGAUACAAAAAAAUAAAUGGGAUUUCUGCACUGUACAGAUAUGAAUACAUUUUAGCAUAAAUAAAACGGAACAUCAA